AUGGCCAGAGGCAUCCGAAGACGGAACACGCUGCUCUCAUUCAUGAUAAAAACGGUGUUCCUAGACCUCGUGGGGCUGCGCACCAGCGUCUGUCGAGGCCGUGUUGGCCUACUGCCCGUGCCCGCCCAGCGCCGCUCUGUGAGCGGCGGCCGCGCGCGGUUCAUGACCGUGAAGCAGGGCCUUGAGCAGCUCCUCGAGGCCGAGGCCAAGCGGAAGGAGGGCAUCCUGGCCGACGAGGUCGAGGUGGUCGGCGUCGCGCGGCUGGGGCGUGAGGAUCAGAAACUCACGUUCGGCGCUCCGAGAGCUGUGGCCGCAGAGGACCUCGGAGGCCCCCUGCACUCGCUGGUGGUGUGCGCGGAGGAGCUCCACGAGCUCGAGAGGGAGUUCCUGGAGGUGCACCGCUGCGCGCCCGCGAGCGCUGCCAAGAGCGCGCCCGCCGAGGCGGCGGCCGAGCCGCGUCUGUCUCCACCCUGCGGCCUGUCUCUGUCCGCACUCGUGGUGCCUCUGUGCGCAGGCGCAGGCGCAGGCCCCGUGGGCCUGCGGUGCAGGCCAGGGCUCGCGGCGGGGCGGCAGUUGCUGGCCGCCGCCGCGUGCGCGGCGUGCGCCAUUCAGCCCGCCGCCAGGGGCGCCACGCUGGCGCAGCGCGCGCUGGCGGCUCCAUCCGCCGCCCGCCUCGCUGGGGCGCGGGGUCGAGGCCUCCUGCUGGGCCCCCCGGCCGCCCGGCGGCCCCCGCGCCGCAGCGCCGAGGCCGGGGUCGCCGGAG